AUGGAAGGAAUCGAGAUGGAAGAAUCACCCUCCAACAUCAACGAAACCAAUGCCGAUUUAUGCAAUUUCAUCCUCUCUCGUUACGGAAAAUCCACCUCCGAAAGCCACCAACAUCUCUGCGCCGUCAUCGGCGCCAUGUCACAGGAACUCAAAGACCACAACCUACCUUCAUCACCGGUUGCUUACUUCGGUGCCACGUGUUCUUCCUUGGACCGUAUCGCAUCGGAACCUAACCCUGCUAAUCACCUCGUCGACGCACUCCUCACCAUUCUAUCUCUUGUGAUCGUUAGAUUGCAUCCAGCUGUGUUGGAGAAGAAGAGGGAGUUUCUGUCCGAGCUGGUUGUGAAAGUUGCACAGUCUCCGUCUAGUUCCGAAACUGCGGUUAUUCAUGGAUUGAAGUGCCUUUCGCAUUUGUUGAUCAAUAGACACAGUGUUCAUUGGGCUGAUGUGUCUCCGUUGUUCAAUGUCUUGUUAGGGUUUAUUACAGAUUCACGAUUUAAGGUAAGAGAGCAAUCUCAUUUGUUUCUCCGUGAUGUCUUGAUAAGCUUUCAAAAGUCUUCGCUACUAGCAUCUGCUAGUGAAGGUGUCCAAAACAUACUCGACAGGUUUCUACUACUUGCUGGGGGAGUAAAUGCAAAUGCAAAUGAUGCAAAUACUAAUGCCGGUAAAGAAACCAUCGGAGCCCAACAGGUUUUGUACAUUCUGGAUGCCUUGAAAGAAUGCUUUCCUUUGCUGUCGCUAACAUGCAAAACCAGCAUCCUCAAGCACUUCAAAAGUCUCUUGGUUUUGCGUCAACCCCUAGUCACAAAGCGCAUAACAAAUUGUUUGAAUUUUCUCUUUCUAAACCCGGAAUCAGAAGUUUCUCCUGAAGCACUACUUGAGGUGUUAUGCUCAUUAUCCACUCUUUCUACCUCAUCGAAUGUGAUGUCUGGAGAUGGAAUAACAUUUAAUGCCCGCUUGCUUGAUGCCGGAAUGAAGAAAGUCUUUUCUCUAAACAGGCAAAUGUGUGUGAUUAAGCUUCCCAGUGUCUUUAAUGAUCUCAAAGAUAUUUUGGCAUCUGAACAUGAAGAGGCCAUAUUCGCUGCCGCAAAUGCACUCAAGAGCAUGAUCAAUUAUUGCAUUGAUGAGACAUUGAUUAAACAAGGUGUGGAUCAGAUAAUUUUGGAUGAAUCAAGGAGGUCAGGACCAACCAUUAUUGAGAGAAUUUGUGCAAUUGUUGAGAGCUUACUUGAUUAUCACUAUGCUGCUGCCUGGGAUAGAAUAUUUGAUGUUGUUUCAGCCAUGUUUCACAAAUUAGGAAGUAACUCUCUUUACUUCAUGAGAGGUAUUCUCAAAAACUUGGAAGAUAUGCAGAAGCUGCCUGAUGAGGAUUUUCCCUUUAAGAAACAGCUUCAUGCAUGCCUUGGAUCAGCUCUUGUUGUAAUGGGACCUGAAACUUUGUUAUCCCUUAUACCAUUGAAUUUGGAAGCUGAAGAUUUAUCUGUUUCAAAUAUAUGGCUUCUUCCAAUUCUAAAACAGUAUAUUGUUGGUGCGAGUCUAAAAUAUUUUACAGAGGAGAUUUUUCCUAUGAUUGAACGUACAAGGGAGAAGGCUCAAAAGCUUGAGAAGCAGGGACUGAUGGUGUCAUCAAGGAAUGCUGACGCAAUUACUUACUCUUUGUGGUCUUUGCUGCCUUCGUUUUGCAACUAUCCUUCGGACACAGCUAAAAGUUUCAAAGUUCUAGAGAAACAUUUACGUAUUAAAGUAAAAGAAGAACCUGAUAUUCGUGGAAUAAUAUGCACUAGUUUGCAGCUUCUGAUUAGACAAAACAAGAAUAUUAAGGACUCAGAUGAUAAGGACAUUAUUGAGCAAGAUAUGACCGAAGAACAUAUUUUGUUUAAGUACUCGCAACAGGUUGCAACAGAAAAUUUGAAGGCACUGGAGAUAUCUGCAAAGAACUUGUUGAAAGAUCUCUCAGAAGUGUUUCUGAAAUCUACAAAAGAUGAUGGUGGUUGUUUGCAGGGAACCAUUGGUGAUAUUGCUUCUAUAGCAGAAAAAAAAGUCGUACAAAACUUAUUUAAGAAGAAAAUGUCAGACCUUUUAAUAUGCACUCAAAAGGCCAACAUAGUAGAAGAUUCAGAAAGUUCUAUGCAGAUUGACAAUGCAUCAAAUGACGUGUCUCAAUCAGUUCUCAGGGCACGGCUUCUUGAUUUCGCAGUUUCGUUGUUGCCUGGAUUAGAUGCGAAAGAUAUUGAUUUACUAUUUGAAGUAUUAAAGCCAGCAUUGCAGGAUGUUGGUGUCAUGCAGAAGAAGGCAUACAAAGUUCUUUCGAUCAUUCUCAGGAGCUCGGAUAGUUUUGUUUCAUCAAAGCUUGAGGAUCUGCUUGAGCUCAUGGUUGAAAUUCGUCCUUGUCAUCCCUCUGCCAAACGCCAUAGACUUGAUUGCAUUUACUUCUUGAUUGUCCAUGUCUUGAAGUCAGAGGCAGUCAAAGUUCAGCUCCAUGACUUCUUAACAGUACAUGACUCGAAGUCAAAGGAUGAUUCGAUGAUCGGCCUAGAUGUUUUCCUCACCGAGAUUAUACUGGCUCUUAAAGAGGCCAAUAAAAAAACCAGGAACAGGGCUUAUGACAUUCUGGUUGAAAUUGCCCAUGCAUUUGGAGACGAGGAGAGAGGGGGGAGCAGAAAUUAUCUAUAUCAAUUUUUUAUCAAGGUUGCUCACGGCCUUGUUGGGAAAAGUGAUCAUAUGAUAAGUGCAACGGUCAAAGGGUUAGCUCGCUUGGCCUAUGAGUUCUCUGAUCUUGUUUUAAAUGCUUUUGAUUUGCUUCCAUCCAUAUUUGUCCUGCUCGAAAAAAAGAAAAAAGAGAUAACUAAGGCCAAUCUAGGUUUGUUAAAGGUUUUAGUAGCCAAAUCACAAGCAGAAGGAUUGCAUAUGCAUCUGAGGAGUGUGGUUGAGUCUUUGUUUAAGUGGCAAGAUGUCGCCAAAAAUCAUUUCCAAGCAAAGGUCAAACUUCUUUUGGGAAUGCUUGUCACGAAGUGUGGAUUGGAGGCCGUUAAAGCUGUCCUGCCUGAAGAGCAUAUGAAACUUCUGUCCAAUAUACGCAAGAUUAAGGAGCGGAAAGAGAGGAAUCGAGGUGCUAAGUCUGAAGAAACUAGGUCUCAUGUUUCAAAGGCAACUACAUCCAGGCAAAGUAGAUGGAACCAUACAAAUAUUUUUUCGGAUUUUGAUGGUGAGACCGCCGGUAGUGAUGCAGAGUACCUAAAUGACAAGACAAUUUCUAGAGGGGGAAAAUCUCCCAGACAUCUCAAAUCAGCAGCAUCUUCAUUUAGGUCCAAUACGAGACUAAAAAAGAAUUUUCCCGAGCAUUUAUCCGACGAAUCAGAUGAUGAGCCACUUGAUUUGCUUGAUCGUCAGAAAACAAGGUCAGCUCUUAGAUUGUGUGAGAAUCUCAAAAGGAAGUCAAGGUUAGACGACGAUGAGAUGGAGGUAGAUUCUGAAGGACGUUUGAUUAUCCAUGAGGAAGGGGAACAGACAAAGGAAAAACCAGCUGAUUCAGAAUAUGAUGCUAGGAGUGAGCCUGAUAGUCAUUUGUCUGGGAGGUCUGGAACUAAAGCCCAGAAGCGGAGAAAAACAGCAGAGUCUGGUAGAGGUUACACUGGGAAAGAAUAUGGUAGUAAAAAAGCAGGUGGAGAUAUAAAGAGGAAGGAUAAGCUUGAACCUUACGCAUUUUGGCCACUUGAUAGAAAAAUGCUGAGCCGUAGGCCAGAGCAUCGGGCUGCUGCAAAAAAAGGUAUGGCUAGUGUGGUAAAUAUGACAAAAAGGCUUGAAGGUAAGAGUGUCUCUGGCGCACUAUCUGUGAAGAGUAUGAAACUAAAGAGAACUCAAAAGAAAGGAAGCAGAAGGUAG